AAAGAAUCAGAUAACAUUAAUUGAUGGCUGGGCUUAGAACUGACAAAAUUGUCUUAAUGGUGAAUAAGUUCAUCGUUGGUAACGAGCGUCUCUUGGGUUUUAACAUACCAAACAAGAGCAGAUGGACGGUGGAAAUUAAAAGUGUCCAUCAAUCCUUCAAGCCUCGUUUUACCAAAUUAAUUGAUGGCCUCCGAGAGGAGCACCAUAAAAGAGUUUCCAAUGGCCAAGAACUUGCAAGUUAUGUUCAAGGAACUUGUACUGAAACUCACUACAAAAGAACAAAAUUUGCAAGCUAUGGCGGCUGACUUGGAGACUAAUGGAACCUUAGGGAUCAAUGGCAUGGGUACUUCUGAGACAAAAUUUUCCCUUCCUGUGGAUUCAGAACACAAGGCAAAGAAACUGAAGCUGAAUUCAUUCCAGAAGCCCCAUAUGAGAGCAUUUCACCUCUCAUGGCUAUCCUUUUUCACUUGCUUUCUUUCAACAUUUGCAGCUGCGCCAUUGAUUCCUGUGAUACGAGACAACCUAAACCUGACCAAGGAAGAUAUUGGCAAUGCAGCGAUUGCCUCUGUGUCAGGCUCGAUAUUCUCAAGGCUGUGCAUGGGUGCCGUCUGUGAUAUUUUUGGCCCUCGUUAUGGCUGCGCCUUUCUUAUCAUGCUCUCAGCACCUGCUGUUUUCUCUAUGGCGUUUGUUAAUUCGGCUCUGGGAUUCAUUCUUGUGAGAUUUUUUAUUGGGUUCUCGCUUGCCACAUUUGUUUCUUGCCAGUUCUGGAUGAGCUCCAUGUUUAAUAGCAAGAUUGUGGGUCUGGCCAAUGGGGCUGCUGCUGGGUGGGGCAAUCUUGGUGGUGGUGCCACUCAGCUUAUUAUGCCUUUGAUUUUUGAUAUCAUACAUGAAUAUAUUGGCUUCACUCCUUUCACUGCCUGGCGAAUUGCUUUCUUUGUGCCCGGAUGUGUGCAUGUUUUGAUGGGUCUUCUGGUUCUUUCCCUUGGCCAGGACCUUCCUGAUGGUAACUAUGCCCUUCUCAGUGACUCUGGAGCAAAAGCAAAGGAUGAGUUUUCCAAGGUAGUAUGGUACGCUGUAACUAAUUACAGGACAUGGAUGUUUGCCAUCACAUAUGGGUAUUGCUUCGGAGUGGAGUUAACCAUAGACAACAUAAUUGCAGAAUAUUUCUAUGACAAGUUCGAUCUCAAGCUCCACACAGCUGGUAUAAUAGCUUCAACAUUUGGCCUGGCCAACAUAGUAUCUCGUCCUUUAGGAGGAAUUAUAUCCGAUGUGACUGCUCACAAGUUUGGAAUGAGAGGGCGGUUGUGGGUACUGUGGAUCCUCCAAACAGCUGGAGGUCUUCUCUGUAUUUGGUUGGGCAGAGCAGGAAAUCUAAGCCUUUCAAUUGCUGUCAUGAUUCUCUUCUCCAUUUUUGUUCAAGCAGCGUGCGGGGCAACAUUUGGCAUUAUACCAUUUAUCUCUCGCAGAUCGUUGGGAAUAAUCUCUGGGAUGACAGGAGCCGGGGGCAAUGUUGGAGCAAUGUUAACUCAGCUGUUGUUUUUCACAAGCUCAAAAUAUACAAAAGAAAUGGGCAUUACCUUGAUGGGAGUUAUGAUAGUGUGUUGUACUGUGCCUAUUUGUAUGGUGUAUUUUCCUCAGUGGGGAGGGAUGUUUGGUGGACCUGCGUAUGAUAGUAGUGAGGAAAAAUACUAUGCCUCUGAAUGGUCUGAGAAGGAGAAGGAGAUGGGACUUCACAUUGCCUCCCUGAAAUUUGCAGAGAAUAGUCGUAGUGAACGUGGGAAAAGGAUGGCAGAGUCCCAAGCAACUACCAAACCUGCUUGAAGAAGACCACCUCAAUGAUGAUCAAGGAAUUUUUAUCAACUUUAUGUGGAAAUUAUUAUAGUCUAUAUUUGAUUCCAAGAAUUAAUUCGUACGUUCAAUGUAAAUGACCAAGAGGAAAAGCAUUAGAAUCUUCUCUACUUCAAUUUAAAUUAGAACCUUCUCUACCCUUUGGUAUGAUUACUUUUGUAUGGAAUAAAAUUUAAUUGAUUU